ACAAGCUUGAUUGUGUUUAAAAUAGGGACAGUUACUGUUUGAUCGUCUUUUUUUUUUUCUUUUUUACCUGAAGAAUGGAAUCAGCUUUGAAGUAAGCUUGUAGUUCGUAACAGUUACCAGAGACAUGUUUUAAAAAUCGCCUUUUUUUAAGGUUGUGACCAAUUCCGCGGAAGUUCAAAAACGAGCAAACUCAAAGUUGUACCUGUCAUUAGUCUUCGGAGUACUUCUUUGUUUCAGCGGUUAUUAUGGAACAGACUCAAUCUUCUAUGAAACCGGAAGGUCUUUGUACAAAGCAGCGAUAGAAUAGCAUCGGGAAUGAAGCAGAAAGAUGGUUUAUUGCUUGAUUCGGAUGAUUCCGACAUACCCGAUCUUGAUUUACCUACUGCAAGUGUUCGAAAAGGAAGACCAAAGUUAUUCUCAAAAGCACGGCAAAAUGCAGAGACAGUAAUCGUGAGACAGCAAAGCUGUAGCGUGCAAAUUGCUCUGAUAUUGCUACUCUUCGCUGUAGUUAUCUCUAUUGCUUUUCUAGGCUACUUCACUUCAUAUAUUUCGUCGCAGCUGGAACAACUGCGCAGUACUUUCAUUAAAAUUACCAUGAUUUCUACAUUUUUAUCCUUCCAUUCAUUUUUUCGAGUUUUGAUCACUUCACUUCAUCGGUCUAAAAGAAAGGACGGGAUGAGUAAUCCAUGAUCAACUUUUCAUUAGCUACGACUCGCAUUCGAAACAACCUCAUUAUAGAUGAUCCAAGACAUGAGGUUGUGACUCGAGAAUUGGAAAUAAUUAAAUGUGAAAUGAACAGAAUUAAGUUAGAUAUCGACAUACUACGUUUGAUGGCCUCAUCGCCAGGCACACCUACCUGGAACACACCCUCAUUGCUAUACACUCGAUUGGAGCAUAUCGAAUCACAAAUUAGUGGUAUCGCUGACAAAGUGCAGGAAAGGCUCAACAAUCAUUUGGAAAAUGAUACUCUCAACAUGAUAUCGGAAAGGGUUAAUGCGGUAGCGGAUGCUUGCAUUCAAGGAUGUGGAGCUGUGUCGAAGCUGGUAGUAUUUAACAAUGGGACGCGAUAUACCUUAGACUCAACCGGCGACAAACUGAAAAAGAAGCGUUCUAAGAUACCUCAGUGGUCUUUCACUCGUGACACUCCUGUCAUAUUCACUAGAGCCAAACAUGUAUAGUUUAUGUCCUGCAUGUAUUUGUGUUUUGAGGUAUUUGUUGUGAUAUUUUCUAGAUCACUCAUUCAUCAAGGACUAUUGACAUCAGACAGUGCUGUAGGUAACAUAAAUUUGCAUCCUUCAGAUGCUGACAAACGAAGAAUCUUCUACAAGCAAAGGGAGAAGGAGAGGAGAGUAGAAGGAAAACGGAAAAAGAAAAAAUCAAUAAGUUAUAUUUGUAAUAUAUGUCUAUAAUGAGUCAAAUUGUUCUCGUCCAGGAAAGCGAUGGGCAUUUAAAUAUUUAAAUGGCUGAAUCACUUUGGUAUGGUUUAUUUGUAAACAGCAAAGAUAAGGAAAAUGGACAGAAACUUGAAAGAAUUAGCAUACGAUUUUUGGAAUUUGCAAAAAUCUGCUGGAAUAUUGAUAUUACUUCCUUCAAAGCUCUAAAUAUUUCUCAUUUUGACCAUUGAAUCAUCAAAUGAUUUGUAUGCAUUUGAACAUAUAUGCUUUUUAAGAUGAUGCUAUUAUAGAUUAUUUCUGUGUGUCGGCUAAGAUUUGCUUUUGUUAAUCUGUAAUAGUACAGUUGCUCUGCCAUUUGUUGACUACGUUUUCUUCCAGUUUGUGUGAAGUGUUGUCUGUAUUAGGUUUCCUAUUUGUAUUUAUUCACCUAUGCAACUUCUGUAAGAAUGAAAAUUUACAGUACUGUGCGGCAAAAUAUAAG